CUGGCACUGAAUGCAAACGUUGAAUGUGGUGAUCGAGCUUCCUGUAGUGCUAUUAUAGAACGACACUUCAGCAUUCAAGCAGGAAGUAAAUGAUGUAGAGAACAGAUUGAACUGUAUGGAUGUGCUGGAGCAGAGCAACCAGGGCGGACAGGAGCAACAGCACAACAUGGAUGGCAAGACCGACGUGAAGGCUCUGAUGGCGAAGUUUGGCAACAAGUCUGCGGAGGAGACAUCCUCCCUAGGCUCUCGGCCUGCCAGGUUCACUCCCCAAUCCUCACUCCAAGGGGACAAGUCCUCAGUGGCCAGCAAGGCUGCUGGAUUCGAAACCUCCGCCGCUCCCAAGUUCCAGACCCUCAGAGCGACAGGCUCCUUCAGCGAGAAAUCCAACCAGGCCGCACCCAAACCGUUCCAGGAGAAGACAGCUUUUCCCAAACCAUCAGCUUUGAAAGCUCAGUUUGAGGGACUCAACAAGGAAGCCAAUGAUUGCAAGCCUGUGUUCCCAAAGUCCACUUUGGGGGCUAAACCAUCCCUGAAUACCUUCAGUGCUCAGAAAGCCGAGAAAGACGAGAGGGCUCCUUUCCCAAAGCCUCAGACUGGACUGAGGCCUACGCUGGACUCGGCUGAUUCACAAAAGGAAAAUGAAGUCCGGCCAGGUUUUUCCAAACAGUCUCCAUUUUCCAAACCGUUGAAUCCCGUGACCUCCCAUGAAUCUAAGCCGGUUUUCCCCAAAUCCCAGUUCCCAAAGCCCCCAAAUAGCCACUCGGGCAAUGUGGGUGAAGACAGGGCCUUGAAGCCUGCAUUCUCCAAACCACCUGCAGGGCUGAAACCUUGGAAUGAAGCCAGCAGCACACAUAGAGAAAACAAGGAAGGCGUCAGCAAAGAGGAGACAAGCACUGGGAGAGGGGAUGGGGCCUUUGGUGUGAAGUCACUCAGACCCGUGAGUGAGCGAGGGAGAUUUCUCAGUCAUGGCGGAGAGGACAAGGCAUCCACAACCAACGAGAACAGGAGUGAGCCCCUGAGGCCCAGUGGCCUGAAGAACUUCCCACCAAAACCCAAACAGGAAGAGGCCUCUGCUUCGCCCCCUGGGACCAGCAAUGUCCAGAAACUGCAGAGCCAAUUCCUCAACAAGUCGCAGAGUCAAGAGACUGAGGAAAGGCCAAAGGAUCCGAAUGCCCCUAAACGGAGAGCCCUGCCCGCUCCAUGGACUCUGGGGGCCCCACCUCAAAAACCCAAAAGACCUCCAACGGUGAACUUGGACCUUUUCCACCAUCCCCACAAGAAAGAGCCCCCAGCACCCCCAGUUUCUAAUCGUCUUGCCAAUAAGCCACCACCUACAGCCGGUCCCUCAGUACCCAAUCUGCCCCCUCGCCCUCCAAUCGGCAAACCACCUGAGAUCAUCCCAACAACAGAACAGGAAGAGGACGAAAACUAUGAUGACGUCCAAAGUGUUGGGCAGCUGCCACCGCCUCUUCCGCCAAUGAAACCAGAAGAUCGCAAGAUUCAGGCAUCUUCUGUCAAUUCUGAGGAGAAAGAUGAUUCAGAUGGAGAAAUGUAUGAAGAUCUGGACAAUUACAGAUCACUGAAGGAACUGAAGGAGCAAGAGAAGAAAAGAGAGAAAGAAGAGAAACGACGACAAGAGCAAGAGAGAAAGGAGCAGAAAGAGAAAGAGAAGAGAGAGCAGGAAAUGAGGAAAAAGUUCAAGCUCUCGGGACCAAUUGAGAUCAUUCAGACCGUGAAGGUGACAAUGGACUACAGAGGUGGAAAGAACGAGCUAUCAUGUAAACAGGGCGACUGUCUGGAGAUUAUUCGCAUCACCGACAAUCCUGAAGGCAAAUGGCUAGCCAGGACAUUGGAUGGCUCCUAUGGGUACAUUAAGGUAACAUGUGUGGAUAUCAACUAUGAUGAAAUAAGGAAGAAAACAGCGACCAGGCCCACCAUGAAGCAACCAGUCGAAGACCAGGAACUCUAUGAUGAUGUUGCACCAAAUGAUGACAUAGGGAAUGGGAGUGGCAGUACUGGCGGCAGUGGGCUCUUUCCUCCUCCUCCUCCUCCUUCCACUGAUGAUAUCUAUGAUGAUGUUGAUGGUAUACCUGAAGACAUUAAACCCCGCCCUGCAUCACAGGAUGCCUCCAAGACUGGCUCCUGGUCCUGGGGACUCCUGAAGAAGAAGAAGCUGGAGAAAGACGAAAAAGACAAAAAGGGAAGAGAAAAGGAGAGCAGUGAAGCUCGGGAUGAAAACUGUGAACGGCAACUCCCAUCUAUUCCUCCACCGGCAGAACUUCCAACAGAGGGGGAGGAUGUUUAUGAUGAUGUUGGCGCUGAUGAUUUCCCUCCUCCGCCUCCUGAAUCAAGUUUGCCAAAGUCCUCAAAGCUACUAAUAACUGCAAAAGGCAAAAAGGAUGAAAAGGAUCCCAAAAAAAACAAAAAGAUGGAGAAAGAGGAAAAGGACUUCAGGAAAAAAUUUAAAUAUGAUGGAGAAAUACGAGUUCUAGGAACUGUUGAGGUUGUUCAGAACUUAACAGCAAAGAAAUGGGCCAAUCGGGAGCUGCUAGUGAAAGCAGGCGAAGUGUUGGACAUUAUACAGCACACCGACAACACAAAACUGCUUUGUCGGAAUGAAGAAGGGAAGUUUGGAUAUGUUCAAAAAAUCAACUUAGAUUUAGGAAACAAAGAAGGGGAUGGUGAAAUCUAUGAUGAUAUUGACACAGAAUGCAUCUACGAUAAUGACUGACCACAACUUAAAGGAACUGAAAGGAGCUCCCAAAAUUCAGCUCUCCCUAACUUCCUUCCACUUGUGCUGUUUAACAAUCCACAAUUUGCACCCUGCUAAGAAAAAGAAACCUGCAGAUUCUUCAGCUAUCAACAUGUUGCUUCUCAAAGACCAUCUGAAAGCUGAUUCCUCUGUCUCCACAGGGAUGAGUCCAGAAAACAAAUGAUGAUGAAGUUGCAAUAUGCAAAUGCUUUACAUUUGAAAAGAUUAUAUUUCCUUUACCAUUCUGAACCGUGGAUUUCCUUUGGAAUAAUACAUUAAAAAAUAUUUAUACGAAAGUGACCUUUUGGACUAAUCUGAUAAUAAUGGAUAUCUUUGGACAUACAGCAGGUUUAUUUUUGUUACAUUUCAUCCUGAGAAUAAUGUUUUGUACACAUGCUUUGAUAGGUUACUGCUGUUUAACUAUUCCUCAAUUCCAAUGAGUAAAAUGUACUUAGCGAGUUUUGACAAGAUUUGUAGCUCAGGUUGAGGUUCUGGAUGUAGGUUUGCUCGCUGAGCUGGGAGGUUCAUUUCAAGAU